GUUUAAAGUCUUAUAUCACAAAGGGACUUUUAUUUCACCAGAUCCACCGGCAGGCCACGCACUUGUUGCAGCACUAGUCCCGCGAGAGAGGGGGGAUCCGUGGGCGGAUAGAUGGAUGGAUGACCCUGCUGCUCCCCUCCCAACCAGCCCCAGCUGUCAGCUCCCUUCCUGACUUCCCCACCCUGCCCCCGGUACCAUGGCGUCCAGCGAGGAGGACGGCGCGGUUGAGGAGAAGGAAAACAACAACAAGAAGAAAACGAAAAGCGCCCUCGCUACCGCAUGGCUCACUUUCUACAACAUCGCCAUGACCGCCGGGUGGCUGGUUUUGGCCAUUGCAAUGAUGCGCUUCUACAUCCAAAAAGGCACACACAAGGGUCUGUACAGAAGUAUAGCAAGGACACUCAAGUUUUUCCAGACCUUUGCAUUAGUUGAGGUGGGACAUUGUGCAAUCGGAAUCGUGAGGACUUCUGUGAUUGUUACCGGGGUUCAAGUGUGUUCACGGAUUUUCAUGGUUUGGUUCAUCACCAACGGCAUCAGACAGAUCCAGAAUGAAGAAAGCGUAAUCCUAUUCCUGGUUGUGUGGACGAUGACAGAGAUUACCAGAUAUUCCUACUACACAUUCAACCUGCUCAACCACCUGCCGUACUUCAUCAAAUGGGCCAGAUACAACCUCUUCAUCAUCUUGUACCCGCUGGGAGUCGUUGGAGAGCUGCUGACCAUUUAUGCUGCUCUACCGUUUGUACGCAGAUCUGGAAUGUACUCCAUGAGGCUUCCCAACAAAUAUAACGUGUCGUUUGACUACUACUACUGCCUCAUCAUCGUCAUGCUGUCCUACAUCCCAUUGUUUCCUCAGCUCUACUUCCACAUGCUGCGGCAGAGGAGAAAGGUGCUUCACGGGGAGGUCAUAGUGGAGAAAGAUGACUAGACAAAGCACCACCUCAUGCCUCUGUUUGAGCCAGCCUGCACCCCCCCACCCCCCGACACACACACCCUUCACCAUCCCCACCCCCACCCCUCCGCUUCAUCUUCAUCUCCAUCUCCAUCUCAUCUUUAGCACCAUCAGCUGUUCCAUUCUUCAUUGCACAGGACAGGAAGGGCCACACAGAUGACGACCUGUCUGAUGAGAAAGAAAAAAAAAAAGCGACAAGCGGUGAUAGUGAGGAAGAAAUGACAAAAACCACAGGAGUUCAUCUGUACCCAGCAAUAAUAAACAAGUGAUCCUAGGUCUUUCCUCACAGGAUCUGAAUGGUAAUAUUGGAAACAUGUUUACAGUCCCAGUGUUGCUGGAGCUUGAAACAGAAGCCUGGCGUUGUGACGCAGCGUAGAGAGAGAUCCUGAGCCCUUUUAUUCACCCACCAGCCUUACCGCAUCUUGUUGCACUGAUGCACCGCAACCUGAAACACACGCUGAUCAUGAAAAACCAUGAGCCACGACACUGCACCCUGAAGGAGAAAAGAGGCAAAUGAAAGGCUUCCAGAGAAAUGUGAAAGAAGAUUGUAAGUUGUGUCUAUUGAGUUGUCCCAACGUCAUCGCCCCAAAACCUACACAAUUGGCAUUUUUAUUUUAUUUUAUUUUUUAAAGAUGUAUUCCACCACAGAUUUUAUACAAACAUAGCGUGGCUGUACAAAUGAAGGUUCAAGAGAAAAUAUUCAUAGUUCUAUCAUACCUCAACAAUAAAUCUACAUUUAGACAAUA